AUGGUACCUGCUAGGUAUGUCCCGAAGUGGAAGAAACAGGCAUGCGAGGUACCUGCAAGUCAGAACGAGCACAGUCAUUACGUAUGCACCGACAACGGCGAAGUAAAAUGUCUGCGGGGGUGGACAGGAGAUGUGUGCGAUGUUCCUAUUUGCAGAAAAGGUUGCGACCCCCUGCAAGGCUACUGCAAGAGGCCGGGCGAGUGUCUCUGUAAACUUGGAUUCUACGGCGAGCUCUGUAACAAAUGCAUCUCACUGCCAGGCUGCCAUCAUGGCUACUGCAAUACAAGCUUUGAAUGUAACUGCCAUAAAGGUUGGGAUGGUUUGUUCUGUAGAGAUGCCAUCUGCAAAUCGGACUGCCAUCCUACAAGAGGUUAUUGUGAGUGGCCAGGAGAAUGCAGGUGUCGUCUAGGCUGGGCUGGAGAAACAUGUACCGACUGUCAAGUGCUACCAGGAUGUCAACAUGGAUAUUGUACAAAGCCUCUGGAAUGUCGCUGCCGUGAAGGAUACUCAGGGAUGCUUUGUCAGACCCCUAUCUGUGCUGAGAGCUGUCAUAAGGAGCGAGGCUACUGCCGAAAGCCAGGAGAAUGCAGGUGUAAGGUGGGCUGGACCGGCAAGAACUGUGAUGAGUGUUUUCCUUACCCUGGGUGCGUUCAUGGUACAUGUCAUCGCCCUUGGGAAUGUAAUUGUGAGCCUGGAUGGGGCGGUAUAUUAUGUGACGAAGAGCUCAAAUACUGUGACAUGAACAAAGACGUAUGUGAAAACGGAGCAACCUGCGUAAGUCUCACAGAAGAAGACGGGAACUACCGAUGUCUCUGCGCUGAAGGGUUCACUGGCCGUAACUGUGAGGUAGCUACACAGGUGGAGCAAGCAGUCGUCUCUUCCACAAUUCCCCCUAAUACUUCUGUCACCACAACCAUCACAUCUUCCCCAGAAGUUACGAGUGAGAUCCUUGCCAACAUUUCACAUAAUGAAGCUAUAUGAAAUAUAUUUAAAAAGCGCUUGUAUCAGCUGCGAGACGUGUAAGGUUCAAAUAUAAUCUGAAAAUAAUAAUUGCAAAAGCAGAAUACAUUUGAUACGAAGGUUUAAACACAGGAAUUGCCACGAGACAGGGAAAUGCAGACAUGUAAUUGGCCUGUCGUUUAUGACAAGUGCCCAAAAACAUAAUUAAUUUAAGAAUAAUUUAAUUUUUGAAAAUAUAUAAUUCAUCAUAGACCUAUUGAGACUUAUAGUACUAACAGUUGAUACUGAAAUAUGAUCAGUUCCCAACAUGAAAAAUAAUCUCCACUGUAUAUGAGAUUUAAUAGAGAAAGUAGGAUAACUCUAAUAAGUAUUUCAUAAUUUGUAUUAAAGUUAUACACCCAUAGACUGGUGACACUUAU